CUCUUUUUCUUGUAAUUUUACAGUUCAUACCAUUUUAUCUAUUCAAUCAUCUUAUUUAAUUAAUUGGAUUUUUACGGCCUUCAUUGCUAUUUGCUGUCACCAUAAAAUCUCUUCUAGGCUGCUGGCACGCGCGCAUAGCAGCAGCGCUCACAUCAGAAGCUUAGGGUUUUCGCCAUGAGUCACCGAGGAAUGGACCGCGACGACGAGGAGGACGAGGAGUACGAGGAGGAUGAGCAGGUUGCCGAUUUCGACGAGGAUGAAGCGGAGGAGGAGGAGGAAGAAGAGGAGAGAGGAGGCGGCAGGAAGCGUAGGAGAUCUAGCUUCAUCGACGACGAUGCCGAGGAGGUCGACGAGGAUGAGGACGAGGAGGACGAUGACGAGGAUUUCGACGGUCGUGGAAGUGGCCGGAAGCGCCAGCAGUACAGGAAGAUGGAUGCUAAACAUUUUCUCGACAUGGAGGCCAUGGUCGAUUCCGACGAUGAAGAGGAAGAGGAAGAAGGCGAGGAUGACUUCAUUGUUGAGGGUGGAGCUGAUCUGCCUGAUGAAGAUGAUGGUAGAAGAAUGCGUGGUAGAAGUAUGCUGCCACAUCACCAAGACGAUCAUGACGAUCUUGAAGCUGUGGCAAGAGGCAUAAAGGAACGAUAUGGAAGGCGUGUGUCAGAUUAUGAUGAAGAAACCACAGAUGUAGAACAACAAGCUCUUUUGCCAUCUGUGAGAGAUCCAAAGCUGUGGAUGGUCAAAUGUGCGAUUGGUCGAGAACGAGAAACAGCUGUAUGCCUUAUGCAAAAGUAUAUAGAUAAGGGGUCUGAAUUACAAAUCAGGUCAGCUAUUGCUCUUGAUCAUCUCAAAAACUAUAUAUAUGUGGAAGCGGAUAAAGAAGCCCAUGUCAGAGAGGCUUGCAAAGGUCUACGCAACAUUUUUGGACAAAAAAUAACACUUGUUCCAAUCAGAGAAAUGACUGAUGUUCUGUCUGUUGAAAGCAAAGCGAUUGAUCUUGCCAGAGAUACUUGGGUGAGAAUGAAGAUUGGGACUUAUAAAGGGGACCUUGCCAAAGUAGUGGAUGUCGAUAAUGUGCGGCAGAGGGUUACUGUGAAAUUAAUUCCAAGGAUAGACCUACAGGGCCUUGCAAACAAAUUGGAAGGUAGAGAAGUUGCGAAAAAGAAGGCAUUUGUUCCUCCUCCUCGUUUUUUGAAUGUCGAUGAAGCUAGAGAACUGCAUAUUCACGUGGAGCAUAGACGUGAUGCAUAUGGGGAACGAUUUGAUGCCAUCGGAGGCAUGAUGUUCAAAGAUGGAUUCUUAUAUAAAACUGUAUCAAUAAAAUCCAUUACUGCUCAGAACAUCAAACCUAGUUUUGAUGAGCUUGAAAAAUUUCGUAAACCGGGUGAGAGUGGAGAUAGUGAUGUUGCAAGUCUGUCAACUUUGUUUGCGAACAGAAAGAAAGGGCAUUUUAUGAAAGGAGAUGCUGUAAUUGUUGUCAAGGGCGAUUUAAAGAACCUGAAGGGGUGGGUGGAGAAAGUUGAUGAAGAUAAUGUUCAUAUAAGACCAGAGAUUAAGGGUCUCCCGAAAACUCUAGCUGUAAAUGAAAAGGAACUUUGUAAGUAUUUUGAGCCUGGAAAUCAUGUUAAGGUUGUUUCCGGUGCACAAGAGGGUGCUACUGGUAUGGUUGUGAAAGUCGAGCAGCAUGUUCUGAUCUUAAUAUCUGAUACAACAAAAGAACAUAUCCGUGUUUUUGCCGAUGAUGUAGUUGAAAGUUCCGAAGUGACCACUGGAGUCACAAGGAUUGGGGAUUAUGAACUUCGUGAUCUUGUAUUGCUAGAUAAUUUGAGCUUUGGUGUGAUAAUACGUGUAGAAAGUGAGGCAUUUCAGGUUCUUAAGGGGGUUCCUGACAGACCCGAGGUUGUGCUUGUUAAAUUAAGAGAGAUCAAGUGUAAGAUAGAGAAGAAAAUAAGUGUGCAGGAUAGGUUUAAGAAUACAAUAUCAUCAAAGGAUGUUGUGCGGAUUGUUGAGGGUUCCUGCAAAGGCAAACAAGGUCCUGUGGAGCACAUAUAUAGAGGAAUCUUGUUCAUCUUUGAUCGUCAUCACCUUGAACAUGCAGGCUUUAUAUGUACUAAGGCCCAAUCAUGUGUUGUUGUAGGAGGUUCACGCUCCAAUGGUGACAGAAAUGGUGACGCCUACUCAAGAUUCCCGAGCCUUAGAGCUCCUCCUCGUAUUCCACAGUCUCCAAGGAGGUUUCCUCGAGGAGGGCCUCCAAUUGACUCUGGAGGAAGGCAUAGGGGUGGUAGAGGUCACGAUGGUUUGGCAGGUGCAACUGUUAAAGUACGCCAGGGUCCCUAUAAAGGUUAUCGUGGGCGUGUCAUAGAAGUUAAAGGCACAUUAGUUCGGGUUGAAUUGGAGUCCCAAAUGAAGGUUGUGACAGUUGACCGCAACCAUAUAUCUGACAAUGUAGCUGCAACCCCAUCUCGUGAUACAUCUCGAUAUGGGAUGGGAAGUGAAACCCCAAUGCAUCCUUCUCGAACUCCCUUACAUCCAUAUAUGACUCCUAUGAGAGAUCCUGGAGCAACGCCUAUUCAUGAUGGAAUGAGGACACCUAUGCGUGACAGAGCAUGGAAUCCUUAUACGCCAAUGAGUCCUCCAAGGGAUAACUGGGAAGAUGGAAAUCCAGGCUCUUGGGGAGCCAGUCCACAGUACCAGCCAGGAAGCCCUCCUUCGCGGCCAUAUGAAGCUCCAACUCCGGGUGCAGGUUGGGCUAGCACUCCCGGUGGCAAUUAUAGUGAGGCCGGGACACCACGGGACAUUUCUGCCUAUGCCAAUGCUCCAAGCCCAUAUUUACCAUCAACACCUGGUGGACAGCCUAUGACACCAAAUUCAGCAUCUUAUCUUCCUGGCACCCCUGGUGGACAGCCUAUGACUCCAGGAACUGGUGGUCUGGACAUGAUGUCCCCAGUUUUAGGUGGGGACCACGAAGGGCCAUGGUUUAUGCCAGACAUAUUAGUUAAUGUACACAGGCCAGGAGAGGAAUCUGUUGGAGUUAUAAGAGAGGCUCUUCCGGAUGGCUCUUUCAAGGUAGCUCUUGGUUCCAGUGGGAAUGGGGAGACGAUAACAGCACUUCCUACUGAAAUGGAGGCUGUGGUACCAAGAAAAUCAGAUAAGAUAAAGAUUAUGGGUGGGGCAUUGCGUGGUGCCACGGGUAAAUUGAUUGGUGUCGAUGGCACCGAUGGUAUUGUAAAGGUAGAUGAUACAUUGGAUGUGAAGAUCUUAGACUUGGUUAUUUUGGCAAAAUUAGCUCAACCAUGAUAAGCUUCUUGUAGGGAAAUUACUUAUGCAUAAUUUUAUUCUCAUCUGUU